UCCAAUUUACGGCUACCACGGUGCCGCGCAAAUUUACAAUGGCAUUUGCGUCCAUCAGCAGUUGCAGGCUUACACUGGUGUCCACAAUCGCUCGGACGUUGUACACAUCCCACUGUGACGACGACACCCAUUUAACUAAUAUAUGGCUCAUGUUGUGCUAUCUCUAACUGAGGCUCACACCGAACGACCGAACUCGAAGCAAUGCACAAGCGGUACCAGCAGAGACCAUAACACGGCACAAGCACUCGUUCCAACGUGCGCCACACGUGCUCCUCCAAACAACAACUCCUACGUCAUCGGAAAGGUUUGAGAGGCAGUUUCAAAUCGUGGUGUCGCGCAUACAUUUUGCAAACGUAUUUGUAAUAAAAUAAUCAUAAACAUAUUAUUUGGUUAUUUUUAACUUAGUAUGGUAAAUAGUAAUUAUAUAAAAAUAUAUAAUACCGCACUCGUCUUUUAUAAUGGAGGUUACAGAAUCACACUGCGCCAAGUCUAGCCAAUCCAUAGCUCUAUGUUCAAAACGAGUGCAGUGCAAGAGAAUAGCGUGACAACGUUGCGAGGAGACGAUCGUAUUGAUAACUCUUCGGUCUUUAAGGUUUUCUGGUCUUCCAUGGAACGGAAGCGAAAAUACAACCUAUAUAUUUUGGACCCAACGCACGAGAUUCCUGUGCGUUCCAAGCACCGUUCGAGGAAGACAGCUUCAUUGGACGCUUCGCCGCUACCCACACUACGAAAUGGCAGUGCUCCAUCGCCUGAUUUAGUCAGUGUAGUUGCAAGCGAUCAAACGCCCUGUGACCGCAGCCAUCCUCCUGUGAACGAUGACUCCGACUGUUCUGGCAUGUCCGUGGAAAGUGCGUGUAUCAAGUCACCCGACCCAACUGAUGUCGACUCGCCGAACACGGAUACAAGCAGCGAAAGUUCGGACGCGGAAACGAGUGGAGAUGAAGCGCACGCAUGUGAGCCAUCAGACGGAAACGCCGAUAUGGACGAGGAGCUGUAUCCAGGUUCGAAGAUCACCAGGGCAGAGAGCAUUUUGCUGAUUAUGGGCCACAGCCUCCGCCAUGAUGCGUCGAAAGAAGCCACAGAGAGCUUGCUUCACUUAUUGCGUGCUCAUCUGCCGGAAAAAACAGAGCUGCCUUGUUCAAAGUACAAAUUUUUUAGACAUUUCAGCUCUCCUGAGAGUGCAAAGAACAGACAUUUAUACUGUAGCAAUUGUUACAGCUACAUAGGGGCUGUUGAAACUGCAUCUACUGUUUUUUGCGAGCACUGCAAUGUGCAUCAUGACAUCAGUGCACUGCUAAAAAGUUCAUCAUAUUUUUUUUCUUUUAACAUCGAAUCACAAAUCUGUGAUAUUUUGAAAACAGCUAAGGUUAUGCCUGCUCAGUUGUCCCCCUCUUUCGAUGUCACAGACAUCACAACAGGCAUUGGCUACCGAAGUAUUCCCAUAGGUCCUAAUGAUGUUUCCCUGACAUUUAACACCGAUGGUGUUCCACUUUUUGAAAGCAGCAAGUUUGGCUUCUGGCCUCUCCUUGCUCAAAUUAAUGAGCUGACGUAUAAAGACAGGGUCCAGAGGCUCGUCCUUGCUGGCCUAUGGUUUGGGCCCAAAAAGCCUGUAAUGAACACAUUCCUCCUGCCUUUUGUGAAGUCACUGAAUGUGCUUUCUUCUACCGGCAUGACAUGGGAAGAUUCAUAUGGGCAGAAAAAAAAUAUGAAGGUUUUCCCUGGCCUAUGCACGGUGGACAGUGUCGCAAGAUGUGAAGUCAUGGGCAUGACUCAGUUUAAUGGGAAGUACGGUUGCGCAUGGUGCGAGCAUCCUGGAGAGGUCAUUGCAAAGGGCAAUGGGCAUUGCCGUGUGUACCCGGUCUCCACUUCUGCUAUAAAACUCCGUACUAGUGAGUCGUUUCAGCAUCAUGCCCAAGAAGCCAGAAGAAAGCAAGAGCAAGUGAGCCGUGGCAUAAAGGUACAAGUGUCCUCACGCUGCUGA